UUAAAAGGAGAAAAAAAAGCCAAUCAUUAUCUUGCUCAAGUUUGGAACUCAAUAAUGCUGAAGAGCACUGUGGAUGAGCACACCUAUUGAAAUCAGUGGACCGUGCUGCUACAGAGCAGCCCUUAAUAUGAGUGCAGACUUCAAGGUAACCCGAGCAACACAACAGGAGUGAAGAAAGUGUAAUUAUUAAGGAAAACAAAGAAAAGCAGAUACCAUGAAAAUGUAUACAUUGACAUGUAUUAUGUGGACAUUUGUACUACCAAUCUGGGCAAAUGUAAUUCAACCUGGUUUAAACAUUACAGUAACAGUAGAUGAAGGGACUAGAGACAAUACAACUCAAGCAGGUUUUUCAUUUCUUGAGUCUACCACAGCCACUGUAACUGUAUCACCAUCGCCAUUUGUGGUUGAAAGCAUAGGCAAGGUAUGGAAUGGCCUCAGUGUGGAUCUCAAUGAAGGAAACAAAAAUAACACUGCCAAUAGCACUGUCUUAUAUCAAGAUGAUCCCAUUCCCACACAGCCCAGCACUCCUGAAGGGGUUGGUUCCACAACCGGAUUCAAGGAGCAGGAGGGUUCCAAAGUAAUUCCUAUGUCCAAUCCUUUAGUACAGUUUAAUUCGACGCAAACAUCAGUGUUACUGGAAGAAGCAGCAGCCCCAAUAGCAAAUAUUAGUACUAAUACUUUAAACUCAACAUUGUCGCUAAGGGAAAGUGAGGUCAUACUCACUGAUGUGUUUGAGAUGGAGCUGGUUCCCACUGCUGUACAGGUCAUGCAAUCAAACUCUUCGAAAGCUGAUGGAACUUCAAAGAAAAAAACUGCCAAGAAAAAAACAAAAAAAAUGGCACAAUUUCUGAAAAAAAGGAAGAACUCCAGUCAGGAGCCCAAGGAAAAGGCUAAAAAACGAAUGAUUUCGAAGAAAGGGAAAAAAACUAACAACGGUAAGAAACCUCACAAGAAAAGCAAGAACAAAGCUAAGAUGAAGAAGAAGAAAGAAAAGAUCCCCUAUUUUCCCUAUUUCAAGAAUGAUUACUGUCCACCAGAGUGUGCCUGUUAUGGGAGAGUGGUGCAGUGUUCUGAUAAAGGAGUUGAUAAAAUCCCAUACGGAAUCCCAUACAACACCAGGUACAUGCUGCUCAUGAACAACAAGAUAGACCUGGUUCAGCUGGAUCUGCUGAAUGAAUACCUCACACUGGAGUUCCUGGUACUCAGCAACAACCGCCUGACUGACAGUGCCAUAGAGGGAGCUUUCGAAGGUAUAGAGAAGCUUACACGGCUCUACCUGGACAAGAACCUGUUAUCCAGCAUCCCAACUGACCUUCCCCCGACCUUGGAAGAGCUGAGGCUGAACCUCAACAACAUCAGUGUUAUAUCAGAGCAAGCGUGGAGCAGGUGCAGGAGCCUGAAGGUCAUCAGCAUCAACAAUAACACUUUGACCAAUGACUCUAUCCCUGCUGGAGCCUUUAGUUCCCUCACCAACUUGAAAACAUUGAGUCUGAAUCACAACCAACUGAUUGGUGUCCCGUCCAAACUGCCCAUCAACCUAAAAGAACUCUUUUUGGAAGGAAACCAGAUAGACACAAUUUCAGCUCAGAUCUUUACAGACUAUUCUGAUCUGCUUUACCUUGACCUCAGCAACAACCUCCUGACCAACAAGGGUAUUGAUAAACAUUCUUUCAGUCGCAUGGUUAAUCUUGAGAACCUCAAUCUUGGAAAGAACCUUCUUAAUCUGAUACCCAUAAACCUCCCAAAAGCGUUAAAGAAUUUAGUUCUUGAGGACAACAGAAUUGAUUCAGUGAGUAAAGAUGCAUUCUUAAAAAUGCCGAAUCUGGAGCAACUUGGGCUCUCUCGCAAUAAGAUAGCCAAGGUGGCUGCUGGUGCUUUCAAGGGAAUAUCGGCUUUGCAUCUUCUGGACAUCAGCCACAACCGUCUCCUUGAAGUUCCUCGUCGGCUUCCUUUAACUAUGCACUCGGUGGCCCUAAAUGAUAACAAAAUCAAGUCUAUCUCCCGGGAUUCAUUCUGUGGAAACAAACCUCAAAUGAGCCGCUUAGUCCUUGUCCAUUUAGAGCAUAACAAUAUUGACAUGAGGAACAUUAAUACCCAUGCUUUCAGGUGCCUCAGAGGCUAUCAAAUUAUCCAUUUCUAUUAAAUUUGUUGCAGAUUUUUUUUUUUUGUAAUGAGAACAAAUUAUAUGUAUUCCUUGUUUAUAU